AAUUGGAGUUAAGUCAAUAAACCAAGGGUAAUAUGGUAAUUACGUUUCCAGACAUCAUCUCUUUCUUUAUGGAUAACACUGGUUCGAAAUGGAGCCAUUACUCUUAGUAAGAGAGGGAGAAAUAGCAGAGAAUAGAGAAGAGAAGCUUGUAGAAAUCAAUGGCGACGAUAGUGCAGUGUCUUUCUUCCUGUGCGACCCUCGAAUCCCAAUUCAAAGUCCUUUCUCUUAAGGGAAUCUCAUCAUCUUCUUCCUUCUCCAAUCGUCGUGGUGGUGCUUCGGCUACUUUAUCCUCUUCCCUUAGCUUCUCUCAGAGCGUUUCUCAAUGCGUCGCCUUCUCCUCCGGGAAUUUGUGGGUACAGAAGCCAACGAGGCAAUUGAUUGUUUGUGAGGCUGCUGCACCAACGAAGAAAGCUGAUUCAGCUGCAAAGAGAGCUCGCCAAGCCGAGAAGAGGCGUAUUUAUAACAAAUCUAAGAAAUCUGAAGCCCGUACACGGAUGAAGAAGGUCUUGGAAGCACUUGAGGGGCUCAAGAAGAAAACUGAUGCGCAGCCUGAUGAGAUUGUGACUGUGGAGAAACUAAUAGGAGAGGCAUAUUCUGCAAUAGACAAAGCAGUAAAGGUUAAAGCGCUACACAAGAACACUGGUGCACGUAGAAAGUCUCGGUUGGCUAGGAGGAAAAAAGCCGUUGAGAUUCACCACGGUUGGUACGUCCCAGAUGCAGUAGCAUCAGAAGCUGUGACCAUGGCUGCAUAAGAACAUGGAGCGGGAUAACGGAAAUUUGUUUUUGUUACUAGAUCUUUCAAAAUCAAAAUCUGUUUCUUUAUAAUGUACAUUUAGUCGCUUUCAGACUCUUCGCUUGUUAAGUUUGAUCUAAGCAUUUUGUCUUCUACUCUUGGCUUGGUCUUGUUCUGGUUCAAUAACAUCUCAGUUCUUGGCUCUGGCACCAUUCCUUUA